GGUGCUGGCUUGAAGGAAAUGUCAGCUUUUUUUCCCCUCCUGGGACUGGGGGUGCUUACAAAAGACUGGAGGAGUUGGAGCAAGCAGGAUGGGUAGCCAUGGAUAGGGAAAUGAGGAUGUGAAGAGAGGCAGGCAGAGAUAUGGAGAAGGGUAGCUAGAGCUUCAGCCAGGCGGAGGAUGUGGGCCCCCCUGAGGAUCUGAAGACUGAAGAGCAGGGGGGAAAACAAACAGAAUAAUGACAGAAGAGCUGAUGGCUAGGAAGCCAUGGAGAACAGACUGCUUGAGUUUGCGCCAUGGCCAUGCAGAAAAUCCUUGCCCGGGAAAUCCUGGACUCCAGGGGCAACCCCACUGUGGAGGUGGACCUGUACACAGCCAAAGGCCGAUUCCGAGCAGCUGUGCCCAGCGGAGCUUCCACAGGUAUCUAUGAAGCUCUGGAGCUAAGAGAUGGAGACAAAUCUCGCUACCUGGGCAAAGGCGUCUUGAAGGCUGUGGAACACAUCAACAAGACUCUGGGUCCUGCUCUGCUGGAAAAGAAACUAAGCGUCGUGGAUCAAGAAAAAAUUGACAAAUUUAUGAUUGAGCUGGAUGGGACUGAGAAUAAAUCCAAGUUUGGAGCCAAUGCCAUCCUGGGAGUGUCGCUAGCUGUGUGCAAGGCUGGAGCAGCCGAGAAGGGGGUCCCGCUCUACCGACAUAUUGCAGAUCUUGCUGGGAACCCGGACCUGGUCCUCCCCGUGCCUGCCUUCAAUGUGAUCAAUGGGGGCUCCCAUGCUGGAAACAAGCUGGCCAUGCAGGAGUUCAUGAUUCUGCCUGUGGGAGCCAGCUCCUUCAAGGAAGCCAUGCGCAUUGGCGCGGAGGUCUACCACCACCUCAAGGGGGUCAUCAAGGCCAAGUAUGGGAAGGACGCCACCAACGUGGGUGAUGAGGGCGGCUUUGCCCCCAACAUCCUGGAGAACAAUGAGGCCCUGGAGCUGCUGAAGACGGCCAUCCAGGCAGCUGGCUACCCAGACAAGGUGGUAAUUGGUAUGGAUGUGGCGGCAUCUGAGUUCUAUCGCAAUGGGAAGUACGAUCUUGACUUCAAGUCACCCGAUGACCCCGCACGGCACAUCACAGGAGAGAAGCUAGGGGAGCUGUACAAGAGCUUCAUUAAGAACUAUCCUGUGGUCUCCAUUGAAGACCCCUUUGACCAGGAUGACUGGGCCACUUGGACCUCGUUCCUCUCGGGGGUGGACAUACAGAUUGUAGGAGAUGACCUCACAGUCACCAAUCCCAAGAGGAUUGCCCAGGCCGUGGAGAAGAAGGCUUGCAACUGCUUGCUGCUGAAGGUCAACCAGAUUGGCUCGGUGACCGAAUCCAUCCAGGCCUGCAAACUGGCUCAGUCUAAUGGCUGGGGAGUGAUGGUGAGCCACCGCUCUGGGGAGACUGAAGACACAUUCAUUGCUGACCUCGUGGUGGGGCUCUGCACAGGACAGAUCAAGACUGGUGCCCCCUGCCGCUCAGAGCGUCUGGCCAAGUACAACCAGCUCAUGAGGAUUGAGGAGGCACUCGGGGACAAGGCUGUCUUUGCUGGACGCAAGUUCCGCAAUCCAAAGGCCAAGUGAGAAGCUGGGGGCCCCAGGACCCACAGGAUAGAUGGAGGCCUUCAAGUCCUUCUCCCUGAAAUAAACACUGGUGCCAACCAA